ACAGGGUAUAAGUCAGGGCCGCGGCCGCCGCCCCUCAGUCGCCUCCUCCCUGCGCCGUCAUGCGUGUCCUGGCCGUGCCCGCGCACGCCGCCGCCCUGGGGCUGCUCGCCCUCGCGGCCCUGGCCGCCCUCCCCGCCCGCGCCGACGCCUGGGUCGCCUCCCCCAACAGCAUCGCCUCCUCGCCGGGGGCGCUGUCGCCGCUGUCGGGCCCCGGCCCCAUCGCGUCGUCCACCCUGGACGCCGGCGUGCCCGUCGCCUGGCCCGUGGCCUCCAUCGCACCGCCAGCAGAGGGGUGCAUGUCGCCGGCGCUGGGCGUGGUCAAGGUGCUGGCCGUGGUGCUCGGGGCGUUGGCCGCCAUCAAGCUGCCGCUGGUGCUGGCCAAGCUGAUGCUGGCUAAGGUGCUGCUGCUGCUGCCGCUCGCCCUGCCGCUGGCCCUGCCCCUCCUGGUGCCCGUCAUGCUCAUCGCCUCCAUGCUCCCCGGCAUGAUGGGCAUGGACGACUCGCCCGCCUCGGACGCGCCCACCCCCGGCGGCGGCAGCGCCGCCCCCGGCGUGCCACCGGGGGGCGGCCCCGCCGGCGGCGGCAACGCGUCGCCCACGACGCCCGACGCCGACGAGAUGGAAGCCAGGGGACUCUGGGUCGAGCGGUGCGUCCAGAGGGUAGCGUGCCAGAUCAAUGCCAAAGGGUCGAGAAAGGAGUGCGGCCGGUACCGCUGCGCAGCACUCGACUGGCUCGGAGGCACCUGACGAGAACUCCAUGGAGUAUCCCGUGGAGCACCCCGGUGGCGCACCCGCCGCUAGUCCGACCCGACCCGACCCGCCCUGCACGCCAAGCCGAUCUCACGUAGCGCGGGUAGGGAGCGGCGACCAUCAGUGAGGAGGGCCCCGGGGAGGACGGCUGCCUCGCCUCGCCCCGCCCGCUCCGCGUCGCGCCGCGCUGCCGAACAAUACACGCAGCGCUGGUGGAGAACCUCCAGCAGCAGCAGCAGGCAGUGAGAGUGCGCUGAUAUGCACGCGGCAGCCCACCCGCAGCUGACGACAGGUCGCUGUUAUGUCCAUAUCAUGUUUGUGCCAUACACACGAUAUUUAUUGGCCCCUGGCCUUACUAUUUAAUAU